UGAAAGUCAGAAACAGUAACUGUAUUGAGAUCAUGAGGAUGGCGCGAUAUGUUUACAGUGUGUACAUUGUAUGCAGUCACGGAAAGCAGAAUACAUAUAUCCGCCGAGAUGAGAGAAAGCGCGUUUGUGUGAUGCAUGUCGAUCGAUCACGAGACCGCGAUUGGAGAAGUCUAGGCAACGGGUGUUUGCGGAAGGGAAGAAGUGCUUUAACAUCCUCCUCACACAGUCAAUCGCUUCAUCUUGCCAACCAGCCCAUCCAUGCCUUCCUGCACGGCGCGGAACUUGUGCACCCCACACUGCUCGCUCUCGAUGUGCUGACACAGCGCACUCAACGUCGAGAAAUGGGUCCGGCAGCUUGCCAGCGGGCAAACAUAGAUCUUGUCCUCGUGUCGGGGGCUCGCCAGGUGCGCGUUCAGCGCCGGCAGCGUCCGGAACGUGCUGUGGCACAGAUAACACUCAUACGCAGUCCCGUUCCAUGCCCGCGGCGUCGCGAUGUACGUCGGGCUCGAUAUGCCCGGGCUAGUGAUCAUACGCGCAGGGUCUGUGAUGAGGUUCUCUCGGUCGUAUUGGCGCACAAGCACUUUGACCUUCUCCCGCGUCAUUCCAGACGCGCACUUCCCCGACUCCAGGUGCAGCACAACCGCGGACCGGGACACAAAGCCUAGCCCGCAGCCUCUGCCCGGGCACAUGACGUCUUUCGGGCGGUGGCGGGACGAGUUGAGAUGCGAGAUGAGGUUGCUUGCAGACAAGAAGAGGCGGCGGCACGGGACGCAGUAGUGGUGCUGGUCGGACUGCCGGUAGUGAUCGUGGAGGCCCUGCUCGUUCCGGAAGAAGCGCCGGCAGCGCGAACAGUAGUAGUUAGUGGUGCCGUCGGCUCUGCACGUAGUGCUGUUCCAGUCCAUUCCAUGUGGUGAAAUCGAUUUCGC